CAUAUGACGUCCUCCCAUUCUAACCUCACAUGUGCAGCUCCAGGAGGACACAGCGGAUCACUGAUCAACGGAAAGAGCCGAAGAUGUCGGCUCGGUCAUGUGAUCAGCUGUGUCCAAUCACAGCUGAUCACUGAUCAUCAGAGCACUGAUGAUCAGUUUGACCUGAUGAUCUGUGUAGCCCCAGCAGUGCCACUCGUUAGUGUCCAUCAGUGCCAGCUUUCAGUGCUCAUCCAUGCCACCUGCCAGUGCCCAUCAGUGCCACAUCAGUGCCACUUUUCAGUGCCUACCAGUGCACAUCAAUGCCAAAUAUCAGUGCCUAUCUGAGUUGCCUUUCAGUGUCACCCAUCAGUACCAGUCAGUGCCACCUAUCAAUGCCAGUCAGUGCCACCUAUCAGUGCUGCCAAUCAGUGCCAGUCAGUGCCGCCUAUCAGUGUGCAUCAGUGCCGCCUAUCAGUGAUGCCUAUCAGUGCCACAGUGCCAGUCAGUGCUUCCUAUCAGUGCCAGUCAGUGCCGCCUAUCAGUGCUGCCUAUCAGUGCCAUAUAUGAGUGCUGCCUUUCAGUGCCCAUCAGUGAUGCCUGUCAAUGCCCAUCAGUGCCACCUACCAGUGCCUCCUCAUCAGUG